AUGUCGAAAUCAAGAUCUCAAUCUCCAUCCAAGGGCAAGGAAGCGCAAGACACUGACAAUGUCUUGGACGUUCCUUGGGAUGUACCACCUCCGUACGAGCUGCAUUCCUCAGGGUCAGUCCUCGCCAGCACGUCGCGCGUCAACGGCGAUGUUCAACCCUUCAUUGCCCUUGGCGUCGCUCUCCAGCGUUACGGCCAUCGCGUGCGAUUAGCCACUCAUGAUACCUUCACAGAUUUUGUCCGUUCCUCCGGUCUGGAGUUUUACCCCGUCGGGGGAGACCCUGAAGAUCUCAUGGCUUAUAUGGUCAAGAAUCCCGGAUUGAUUCCUUCCAUGGAAAGCCUUCGUGGUGGUGAUAUCGGCCGAAAGCGCGUCAUGAUCCAUGAUAUGUUGAGAGGCUUUUGGAGCUCUUGUGUCAAACCGGACCUCGUAUCGAACCGUCCCUUCGUCGCCGAUGCUAUCAUCGCAAACCCGCCGAGCUUCGCACACGUCCACUGCGCUCAAGCCUUGGGUAUCCCGCUCCACAUGAUGUUCACGAUGCCUUGGACAGCGACAAGAUCAUUCCCUCAUCCUCUAGCCAAUAUUCAGUCUCAGAACAUGGAUCCCAGGGCUUCCAACUAUCUCAGCUAUGGCGUUGUUGAUCUAAUGACCUGGCAAGGACUUGGAGAUGUCAUCAAUGCUUGGAGAGUUAGUGACUUGCAUCUGGAUCCUUUGGCUGCUGCUGUUGGCCCCGACAUCGUUGGCCUCAUGAAAGUACCAUAUACUUAUUGUUGGUCGCCAGCUCUAGUUCCAAAGCCAAGUGAUUGGGGAGAGAGCAUUGAUAUUUGCGGAUUCUUUAUGCGAGAUGAACCCUCCUAUACACCUCCCCAAGACCUUGCAGACUUCCUGGCAAGAGGACCACCACCAGUAUACAUAGGGUUCGGAAGUAUCGUGAUCGAUGACCCUACGGCCCUAACAAACAUCAUCAAAGAGUCUUGCAGGGCUGCAGGAGCCAGAGUAAUUAUAUCUCGGGGCUGGAGCAAGCUAGGUGGAAAUGACUCUAGCACCGACUCUGUUUUCUACUUGGGCGAUUGCCCUCACGAGUGGCUGUUCAAGCGCGUUGCUGCUGUUGUCCAUCAUGGCGGCGCAGGCACUACGGCUUGUGGCCUCGUCAAUGGUCGACCGACAACUAUUGUGCCAUUCUUCGGCGACCAGCCUUUUUGGGGAAGUGUCGUUGCGUCCAAUGGGGCAGGUCCACCGCCUAUCGCCUACAAGAGCAUCUCCGUGGAUAAACUCAGUUCCGCAAUCAAGUUCUGCCUCAGUCCGGAGGCCCAAACUGCUGCCAACAGGAUAGCGUCGCAGAUGAGACAGGAGAGAGGUGUUGAGACAGCAGUGAACUCUUUUCACCGACAUCUUCCCAUAACCAACCUAACGUGCGAGCUCAUACCUCACAACACUGCUAAAUGGCAAUACGUAGGCAAGUCGAAGAAGGGUGAUAAGGGCCACGUUAGGGUAUCAAACGCAGCCUUGAAGGUUCUGCUGGACGCCAAGAAAGCUAAGUUGACAGACUUUGAGCCACUUCGACCGAAUGAAUACCUUGUUGAGAACGAACGCUGGGAUCCUUUGACCGCUGGAGCCUCAUCGGUUCUAGGCACCAUGACAGACUUUACCUCAGCCUUGGGCGGUGCAUUCAUCGACCCCUUCAAAGAUGUAAAGCGUGUUCGACCAGAUGGCACUCGUCGCUCAGCAGGUACAGCGACAGCAGUUGCAAGCGGAAAGGCUCUUCAAGGCAUGACAACCGCUGUGGUGAAGGGGUCGCUGGUGGAUGUUCCGUUGGCUCUGGCUGAAGGACUUCGCAAUACGCCACGACUGUAUGGAGAAAAGGUCCAGGAUCAUGGCCCUGUGACAGAUUGGAAGAGCGGCGGCACAGUUGCAGCAAAGAACUUUGGUGUUGGCUUCUACGAAGGCAUGACUGAUAUCGUGACGAAGCCGAUGAAAGGUGCCAAAGAAGAGGGCGCAUUGGGUUUCUUCAAAGGAGUUGGGAAAGGGUCUCUCAACAUGGUGGCAAAGCCGGGCAGUGCAAUGUUUGGAUUGCUGGCGUACCCAGCCCAGGGAGUUUAUAAGAGCGUUAGGUCUAUGAAGACGAACAAGGCGAGGGAGUUGGUCGCAGCUGGUCGGGUUGAAUCAUUGUCUGAUGGGCAUGCUGGUUCAUUGCAGUCAGAUGCUGGCCAAGUUCUUAGACGAUUCCAGGAACUAACGGCGUAA